UUUAUUCGGCCUGUUGGUUAACGACAGAAGCGUCUCGUCAAUCGUUAAAAUGGCCCCAAGAAAAGGAAAAGUACAGAAAGAAGAACCCCAAGUUUCAUUAGGACCCCAAGUCCGUGAGGGUGAAAAUGUAUUUGGAGUAGCUCAUAUUUUUGCAAGUUUUAAUGAUACAUUUGUUCAUGUAACCGAUUUAUCUGGUAGGGAAACUAUUUCACGUGUUACCGGUGGAAUGAAAGUAAAAGCCGAUAGGGAUGAAGCUUCUCCUUACGCCGCUAUGUUAGCUGCACAGGAUGUUGCUGAAAAGUGCAAAGCUUUAGGAAUCACAGCUUUACACAUUAAAUUGAGGGCUACCGGUGGAAAUAAAACAAAAACUCCCGGACCUGGAGCCCAAAGUGCAUUGAGAGCUUUAGCUCGUUCUAACAUGAAAAUUGGUCGUAUUGAAGAUGUUACUCCCAUUCCAUCUGAUUCUACACGCAGAAAGGGUGGUCGUCGUGGUAGAAGGUUGUAAAUCGUUGUUCCAAUUAAGGUUUAUAUUUUAUGUAACUUUUGAAUUUAGUUAAUAUUAAUAAACUUUGGUGGAACUAA